GGUGUAUUCAAGUCAGUGCCUCCUGAGUUCUGCCACACGUGACUUCUGCCAAGAACUAUUAUGUAAAUCAAAUAUAUGCGAAAAAAGUUUCUGCAAGAUAAUAGUGAACCCUACAACUUCGGCCUAGUCGUCACUUUCCAUCAGGUGCGACUAAGGUCAAUCACUGGCCAGUUUAUAAAAAUAAAAAAAUGUACAGAAAAGUUAUCGCCAGCUUUAGACGCCGAAAAAAAAUCGCAAUAAUACACGAAAUAUUACAAUGCGUUUAUACGGAAUGGAAUACUCCAAUAGCUACUUCUUCUACUAAGACUAUCUGAAAUGUAUGUACGUUCGCCAAUAUAAUAACAAUGAAGAGGUUAUUUAAAUUCAAAAGUGAAAUUAUUAAUAUCAAUACGAGUAAAAGGUGAAAUGUAAACAUUUUCAUUUUGGCAGCGAGUAAAUUAUGUUGUAUACAAUAAUAAAUAUGCCAAUAAUAAAUCAAACUCGACACUCUUUUAAAAUUUAGAAAUUCGGUAAAAUCAUUUUGUCGUACAAUUUACCAUUACCAUUUUAUCCCCUCAAAAGGAUUAAGUUGCAAUUAUUGUUUCUUAGUGUUUCUUAAGUAGCUUACUACUUAAUUACAAAAGAUCACAGUAAAAAUGUUAAUAGUGACAUAUUUAGCAUCAGUUUUGUGUUUAACCAUGGCAGUAGAAUAUUCUCGGAUAGACGAAGGUUAUCCCCAAGGAUUCCUAUCACAUUGUCCAGGCUCAUGGAAAGCGGCCAUUAUCAGACCAGAAACACUGAAGAAACUCCACAUAUCAGUAUACGGCGACAAUCGUAAACUUCUAGGAACAUACGAUUACUAUCACAUAGACAACUUAGCCAAAAAUCCUCGGAUUGACUUCAGGAAAAAGACUGUCUUGUGGAACGGUGGAUAUUUAGACCCAAGUUAUGGUUCCUCAAAACUUAUGAGUAUGAGUUAUGUGGCUCGCGGAUAUAAUUUUCUAUCUUUGGACAUGUUUUUCUUCACCGCAAGGUAUUAUCCUCAUGCCGCACGCUUUGCAUCCGCAGUUGGCAGGCAUACAGCUGAGAUGUUGGUCAAGUUAACAGCCCAUGGCUUAGAUCCAAAGAAGUUGGAGCUCGUCGGGAUGAGCCUCGGUGCGCAAACCAUGAGUUUCGUAGCCAAAAGUUUCCGACUCAUAACUGGUCAGAACGUCUCCUUGCUUACGACUUUGGAUCCUACUGGAGUAUGCUUCAGGCAGCUUGGCCCCGAUCGAAGACUGGACAGAUCUGACGCCGAUUUCGUCACCAGCAUUGUUACGAACAUGAACAUAGCUGGUGUAGGCGACCAUAACUCUCAUCUAACAUUUUAUGUGAAUGGUGGAGAAUUUCAACCUGGUCAUAUAGCCUGGCUCCCUUGUGAUUACGUUUGCAGUCACUUCAGAGCUAUUCUGCUAUGGAUGGCAGCAUUAUUAUAUCCCCGUGACUACAUAGGUGUCCGAUGUGAUACCGUGCAGCAAGCUGUAGAUGGAAAUUGUUCGGAUUUGAAGCCUAUGGUUACAAAUACAAUGGGUCCGUUGACCGAUUUGAAUAAACCAGGAAUUUAUUAUUUACGUACAUCUAAUCGGUGGCCUUUUGCAUUAGGGAAACAAGGCUUAGAACCUAGAGUAAUAAUGUCUAAAUCUGCACUUAGUAGCAGUAGCGUGGUUGAUAUUUUAAAUGCGUUUAUUUAUCAUGUUACUAAAUACUUCAAAACAGUUGACUAAAAGAGGAAUAUUAAACAAUUAGACAAAACAGAGUUAAGACAUAAAGAUAAAUAAAAUGUGUUAUCAGUAUGAAUUCUAUAGAAAGGCUUUCAAUACUUACCGUUGUUUUAUUCAUAAUGUUUAUAAUGCUCCCAUAGUAACUAAAUCUUGUGACGCCGAAUGAUGGCCCCUAAGACAGCUACUUUUUCUUCUAUUUUUUGACUUGAACCCUACUAAAAGAAAUGUUAUACUGUACUUGUACAAGUGUAGUUUAGUGUAGGUACAUGAUUGUGGUCAAAGCACUGCAUAAAUAUAUUUGCAUAAAAAUAUAAACCACUCUAAAAACAU